AGAGGGAAUGGCAACAGCCUGCUGGGAUCUAAGUGGACUGCCAGCUGCCGAUCUCGCCGUUGAGAGUAAAAGCAGAUAUGUUCCUUGCUCACUGCCAUUAACACUGACCAUGACCCUUCACACCAAAACCUCUGGAGUUACCCUGCUGCACCAGAUUCAAGGCACUGAACUGGAGACACUGAGCAGACCUCAGAUGAAGAUUCCCCUGGAAAGAUCGCUCAGCGAAAUGUACGUGGAGACCAGCAAGACAGGAGUUUUUAACUACCCGGAAGGUGCCACUUAUGAUUUCGGUACUACGGCUCCCGUGUACAGCUCUACCACUCUCAGCUAUGCCCCGACUUCUGAAUCUUUUGGGUCCAGCAGUCUGGCAGGAUUUCACUCACUGAACAGUGUUCAACCAAGCCCAGUGGUGUUCUUGCAAACGGCGCCCCAGCUCUCACCCUUCAUCCAUCAUCACAGCCAACAGGUACCCUAUUACCUUGAAAAUGAACAGGGAAGCUUUGGGAUGAGGGAAGCUGCUGCUCCAGCCUUCUACAGGCCAACCUCUGAUAACAGGCGCCACAGCAUGCGGGAGAGGGUGCCCGCUACCAACGAGAAAGGGAGCCUGUCCAUGGAAUCCACCAAGGAGACGCGGUACUGUGCUGUCUGCAACGACUAUGCUUCAGGCUACCAUUAUGGGGUCUGGUCUUGUGAGGGCUGCAAAGCUUUUUUCAAAAGGAGUAUUCAAGGGCACAAUGACUAUAUGUGUCCUGCUACUAACCAGUGCACCAUCGACAAGAACAGAAGAAAGAGUUGCCAGGCUUGCCGACUAAGAAAAUGCUAUGAAGUGGGAAUGAUGAAAGGUGGAAUCCGGAAAGACCGCAGAGGUGGGCGAAUGAUGAAACAAAAACGUCAAAAAGAGGAGCCAGAUUCAAAGAAUGAGGAGGCUUCUACAGAGCUGCGAGCUCCCACAGUUUGGACAAGUCCACUGGUGGUUAAACAUAACAAGAAGAACAGUCCAGCUCUGUCUCUGACGGCAGAACAGAUGGUCCGUGCCUUGCUGGAAGCUGAGCCACCCAUAGUUUAUUCUGAAUAUGACCCAAAUAGACCAUUCAAUGAAGCUUCUAUGAUGACCCUGUUGACCAGCCUUGCAGACAGAGAAUUAGUGCAUAUGAUCAACUGGGCAAAGAGAGUUCCAGGAUUUGUGGAUUUAACACUCCAUGAUCAGGUCCAUCUACUGGAAUGUGCCUGGCUAGAGAUACUGAUGAUUGGCUUAGUCUGGCGCUCCAUGGAACAUCCAGGAAAGCUUUUAUUUGCACCUAACCUAUUACUGGACAGGAAUCAAGGGAAAUGUGUAGAGGGCAUGGUGGAAAUCUUCGACAUGCUGCUGGCUACUGCUGCUCGGUUUCGUAUGAUGAACCUUCAAGGGGAGGAAUUUGUGUGCCUUAAGUCCAUCAUCCUGCUCAAUUCUGGUGUGUACACUUUUCUUUCCAGCACCUUGAAAUCUCUGGAAGAGAAAGACUACAUUCACCGUGUCCUGGACAAAAUUACAGACACUCUGAUACAUUUAAUGGCUAAGUCGGGUCUUUCUCUGCAGCAACAACACAGACGACUAGCUCAGCUCCUCCUCAUCCUCUCUCACAUCAGACACAUGAGCAACAAAGGAAUGGAGCACCUGUAUAAUAUGAAGUGUAAAAAUGUAGUUCCACUCUAUGAUCUCUUGCUGGAGAUGCUGGACGCUCAUCGAUUGCAUGCCCCAGCAGCCAGGAGUGCUGCACCGAUGGAAGAGGAGAACCGGAGCCAGCUGACAACUGCUUCAGCUUCAUCUCAUUCCGUGCAGCCUUUUUAUAUAGGCAAAGAAGAGGAGAAAGUGGGUGAAGAGUACAAUAUAAGCAAAAGUCAGCAAAUAUGAUUGUGUGAGAAAUCCAGCAGUGUGCUACCUAGCUAUUGCUUCAUUUCGUCUAUAGUGCCACAUGUGUAAACACUCCAGUGACAACAGUCAUCUGCAUUUUCCAUUUGAGUGUUUGUCAAGCACUUACCUAAAUUGAUUGCUUAUCCUAAAUGGAAGACAUUUCAUUGCUAUGGACAGCCAGCAAAGAUUGUUAAGCUAACUUGAUUUAAAAUUUGCAGCGGUUUUAUUUAAUUUUGCGUGGAAUUUGGGUAAGUCCUAAACUGAACAUUCAUUUGACUAUAAAUUAGUAGGCCAUACCAUCCAUGCGUAUUGGUAUCUUCAUGAGAUGUAGCCUUUGUUAAUAUACAGCCCAAAUUCUGAGCUUGCUUAAUCCUUUACUUGCUUGAAACUUUGAACCAGUUUAAGUAGCGAUUUUGGUUGACUUUUUUUGGGAGGGGUGGUGGAGGGUGUAAAUGAAAAGUUGAUUGUCAUCUUAGAGUGCCAUAGUGCAUCUACACUGCUAGUGACUGCUUUGGUAGCUUAGGUGAAUUCCCGCCUCUCUUCUUUGUACAGUAGAAAGGAACCCCUGUUUGAGAAUAAAGCUGUUUUACAUUGCUGGUUUACAUCAGUAGACAAAGCCCUCUCAAGAUUACACUGACCAAACUCUUAGGUUCCCUUAUCAUAUCCUCUAGCUGAGUUGCACUGCAUGCAUCCUAUCUUGUCUGAUCCUACAAAGCUAAACUGCUCUGUUGCUUGGCAGUGUGUCAAUCAAAGGCAAAACAGCAA